UUCCUAAUCACUACACCGAAUAUACUAUAAAAAUAUACGGGACGUGGACAUAAGAAGUGCAGCCAUUUGAGGGUAUGCAUGCUCACAAAGCAUUACCUAACAGAACUGCAAAGUAUGUAUGAAGAACUUAUUUGAUUGACAUGGGUGUCAGAAAGUGAAUAUAAUAUUUACUGAUAAUACUACAAACUAAUACAGUCAUUUGUUAAUAAAGUAAUCGUAAAUUCAUCUUAUUUACUCCGAAGCUAUUAGAUACGGCUGAGGUUCCGAUUCUAUCUCAGCAUCAAUCCACAGUUCAUCUCUUGCUCCUCAAACUCUUAUAUUGCUGCCUAGCUGUGUACUUACGAGUUUCUUUUGUUAUAAAGUUUCCCUCCAAUAGAAUCUGAAUACAGACGUUAAACCUCUGUCUGGAGUAUUAUUGGAUAAAGGACGAGACGAGAGCACGUUUUUUUUUAAAUUCUGUUAGGAGUUAUUAUCAUGACGUGUUCUUGUCCCUCCUCACAGUUUAUCUUUCAUCUUUGAGCCGUUUUCAUAGCUCCCCUCCUGAUUAUAAUCUGUACAAGCGUCUCCACAGCUGCUGUUUGCACUGUAGCUUCUCCCCUGUUUUGCCUAAACAGAUCCAAAUAUGAUUUAAAUGUGAAACCCAGAUGACGAGAGCCCUCUAGGUAGAUUCAAUUCGAAUUCUAUAUAUGGGUAAAAUAUCAUAUGUAUCGCUUUAUACGAUUACUAGGCGUGAGUCGGUUUAACGGCUAUAAAGGCUGGUUUAUAAAAGCUGCAGUCGUAGUUCGCUUAAGUUUUCAUAUAGGCUAUACGCAGCCGCGUUUAUAAGAACCGGAUAAUCGUCGCAACUUGGCGGAGAAUUCAUGUAAAUUAAAAGUCGACGUUCCGACAAACUGGCGCAUGCGCUUGUUGUUAUUCUUUUUGAACUACUUCGAUUGUUUGACAACAGCCUGUAUUCUAUGGUUUGACCACAUGAAUGAAUUCUAACCUCGUAUUUGUGUUUACAUCGUGAAACGCGGAAGUGUUGUUAAAUUUACUAUGAACAUGGAAAUUGAUGUAAAAUUUAUAAAUCUCGUGCGAGAAAAUAAAGUGUUAUAUGACAAACGAUCGGGUAGUUAUAAAAGAACCGAUAUAAAAAAUAAGGUUUGGCAUAAAAUUGCUGUCGAAAUGAACUUUAAAACCGAUGACGAAGCUAUCAAGAAGUGGAGAGCUUUGAGAGAUAAGUUUGUCAAAGAAAGGAGAAAGAUGAAAAAUGUACCUUCAGGAGCAGGAUCGGAAGUUGAAACAUGGAGUCUGUAUCCAUAUUUAGAGUUUUUAGACGAUUUUGUCCAGCAAAGAAAGCAAUACAGCAAUCUUUCUGUUAGUCAAAAUGGACAUGAAGAGAGCCAAAGCCAAAAUGUAAGCCAAGACGUGGAUUAUCGCAGUCGGAGCACUAUUUCACGGUCUCGCAGCGAAAGCCCAAAUUAAUGUCAGGAGAUGAGACUGAAAACAAUGAAUUGUAUACUCCGAGCACAUCAGGAUCCAGAGUUGUCGGUCCAACACCAACUGUAGGAAGUCGUAAUCGAAAUACAAAUCGAACUUCAGAUGAAGUUUCGCAAAUAGAUGAUUCUAUAAAAUCAAUAGGGCAGUUCUUUGCGAAGAAAUCAUCCAACGACUCGGAUAGCGCUUUUUGCGAAUACGUCGCAUCCGAAAUGCGUAAAAUGCAUCGGCAACGUAAAAAUAACCUUAAAAAACUUAUUGUGAACUAUAUUAGCGAUUUAGUUAGCGAUAGUGAAUAAAAUGCACUUAUAUUGAAAAUACAAAUUUACAUAUCUUUAAAUCUGAUGUAGGU